AUACGGUGGUGCUUCAGGCUGAGCUAACCAUGUCUGGCAGAGGAAAGGGUGGUAAGGGCUUAGGCAAGGGUGGCGCCAAGCGUCACCGCAAGGUCUUGCGGGAUAACAUCCAGGGGAUCACCAAGCCCGCCAUCCGUCGCCUAGCUCGGCGUGGCGGUGUCAAGCGCAUCUCCGGCCUCAUCUAUGAGGAGACCCGUGGUGUACUGAAGGUGUUCCUGGAGAACGUGAUCCGCGACGCAGUCACCUACACUGAGCACGCCAAGCGCAAGACCGUCACCGCCAUGGAUGUGGUGUACGCUCUCAAGCGCCAGGGCCGAACCCUGUACGGCUUCGGAGGCUAGGCAGCGCCGCCGCUGUGUCACCCCCCCAUCCAUAACGGCCCUUUUUAGGGCCAAC